AUGUCCUUUGGUGAAAAUAUACCCAGUCCUACAGUAGACUUUGCUGUUUCUGAAAUCACCGAAUUCGUUAUGAAGAGAGAUAUGCCUGAUUUAAAUAGUGAUUUGCCAGCCUUGGCUGAUGGAAGUACAUAUACUACUCCAAGUAUUGUAGUUCCAAUAAGUGGGAAUAAUCCAUUCAUAAUAAGAGAAAACAAUCCAACUGGUACUGUCUUUAUUGCCGUGGGUGCUAUUGUUGGUGCUAUCUUAUUAGGGUUCACCUUGUAUCAUUUAAUUGUGUCUGUAACUGCAUCUAGAAUGGCCAAAAAGACCCUGGCUAUGGAUAAAAAAAUUUAUGAAAAAUAUCAUCAUAAUAAUUCUACCGCUUAUGGAUUCACUGGUGGUGUUACUCCAACUUCUACCACUUUUAAUUUUGGUCAUGAAAAUCAUGGUUCUAUUUCUAAAUUACCAUUAAUGAAUCCAAGUAAAGUAUUUAGUGGUAAUUUCAAUGGAUCUCAACAAGGUGAUAAUUCCACUAUUUACGCUUCUGAAACUAAUGGUGCAGCUACUGAUAAACGUGAUUUAACCAAGAUGUUUAUUUCCCCAACUGCUGAAGUUAUGCAACAUAAGAGAGUUAGAACUUCUCAAUAUAAUCCUAUUUUCUCAAAUGCAUCAUUAGCUGGAUCUACUGCCAAUUUAAACAAUCCUGGUAAUAGACAUUCUCAAUUAGUCCCAAGUUUAUAUAUGAAUAUGGAAGCUAAUAAUAGUGAAGAUGGACUUAAAGAAGGUAGUGAGCAUCCAGCAUAUUCAAUAAAUUCAUCACAACAAAACACACCAGGAAGAAAUAAUAGAAGAGCACUUCCUUCUAUGUAUCUUGAAGAUUUGAUCGAUCAGAAAUAG